AUGAGAGACAUUGAGAAUGACGAUCACGUUGCCCUUGCAGCAAGGCGCCGUGCCAACAGGAGGCAGUCUACUCGACGAAGAAGCAGCACAGCUGAGAAGAUGAAGGCCAGCAUAGGAUCUUUUCGUGCUUGGAUGACGAGCCAUUCCAACUUGGACGUCGAGCCACGCUACUUGUCGGAAGACGAGGAAGAAGAGAUUCUGUCCCUGGGUGGCAAGGAUGACGGUCCAAAGGAACGCAAGCUUCUGCGACGACCCUCAGGAGGUGAGAAUCUCCUGGCCAUGCUAGGAGGCGCCAUCCCUGAAGAUGACGAAGAAUAUACUCUCAGGGACGAUUCAGACAGCGAGUACGAGACUGACGAGGAGGUCCUACAAGAUUUGAUUCAGUUCAUGCCGACGCAGUUGAAUGAACUGCUACAGGUUGAACAAAUCGGAGCACACAAACUUACGGAUAAUGUGCUCCUGCUUUCGGUCGAUAUAGACCCGAGCAAUGUUGGAAAGAGGAGCAAUACUCCUAGGCCUACCGGGAGCGGCAAGAGACCGCGUCAGAGGAAGAGCAUCUCAGCGAGAAACGCUCCCAUUCCGUCUUCGUCUCUGCGCUCGAAGAGUACGAGCAAGCGAAGCGGCGUGCGAUCCCAUCGAUCAUCGGAUUCCAUGCCAGAACAACGCCGAGAGCGUCGAUCGUCCAGGGUUGGGAGGCGCCUUGACACGUCGAUAUCUGGAUCCAGCACUCGAAGACAAAGUUCAUUAUCGGCGCAUAUUCGAAGCGAACCUAAGGAGAAGCGUUCUGAAGACAAGGAAAGACCAUUGGUACCGGUAGACAAGGAAAAGCAUUCGUUCAAGGAAGUUGCACCGGAGGAAGAGAAAGGUCAGGUAGAAUCUCAGAAGGAGCGACGGCCAGAGGAAACUGGCUCGCGCCGACCUCGUCGUGGUAGUGUUUCAAAGGCUGCAUCUGGGCUCGAUGAAACCCAGCAGCGAUCACGUGAUCGCAGCAAGAGCAAGAAACCCAAGGAAGGACGUUCCACUCGCUCCUCCCGUUCCAGCUCUGUGACUCCGGCAUCUUCAAGUAGCAACAGGAAAUCCAAGCGGGAGAGUCGCAUGUCUGUAUCUUGUUCUGCCCGUGAAACUUCGUCACGGAGAUCCAGUUCUUCUGCCGCUAGACGUCCAAGGCUGAACUCGAGCUUGCGGGCUCCGACGACUCCACAAGUGGGACGAAAGCAGAACGUGGAAGCUUCCAUGGCCAUGCUUUCGCCACCAACAUUGAAUCGAGAAUCCUCGAAGCAGUCACGAGAAUCCUCGAGGCAGUCUCGUCGCAAGACCACCUCCGAAGUACACAAAUCCCGUCGCCGUGAAAAGGCAGAAGCGAACAACAGUGUGCGGCGUUUCAACACGAUCGGCGCCACUGCAAAGUCGCCACAUCGUGGGGACAAGAAGCUAACCCUCCCGAGAAGGCAGGAGUCAUUCGUUCAAGACGGGCACUGCGAGGAUGAAAAUCCAGUGGUUGUCGAAGCAUUGCAAUUGGUUCUUAAGAGUCUACCCGACGGCAGCAGCCACACUGUUGCCUGCGAGAGAGGCUGUUUCCCGAAUCAUUCUGAUCACCGUUCUGAACGGAGAAGAAACUUAGACGUUGAGAGAGAAUUGGCCCGGCUGGAGUCCUCACAAUCGUCACAUGCGUCGUUUGGUGGCAGCGAUUCUUUCAGCAACACGAUGCGUUCUCAAAGGCAGUCCUUGCUCUUCAGGCCCUACGCUGAAGACGCUAACGUGUUUUCGAACCCCCCGAUCGUCUUCUAG